AUGGAUGAUCUUGCGGGUCUGAGCUGGACAAGUUCCAGCCAGAGUUCCAAGCCAGCCAACCCCACACCGACGCCCGCCUACAGCUCCUAUCCGUCCCUCCGGCCAUCGCCGUCCCCCUUUGCUUCGGGCAGGAACACCCCAAUCUCCGCGCAAGGGUCCGGCGCCUCUGGCCCGAAACCUGCGGCAAAGGCUCCUCAGGAUAGCUUCAGCAACCUCGUCAAUUUCGGCUCCUCCUCCAAACCGAGCGCGACCCUCAGCUUAAAGGAGCAGCAGGAGCGCCUCGAGGCCGAGAAACGCAAGAAGGAGGAGGAGCGCCGAAAGCAGGCCGAAUCGCAGUUCGGCAGCCAUUUCCUCGACUCAUUGGGCUCUGGGGCAACUCGACAACGCAAGCCACUACCCCCACCGCCUCAACCAAGCAAGCCUACGCCCCCGCCUGGCCUGGACCUGAGUAACCCCACGUCGUGGAACGCGACAACAGCGCCCGGCGGCGGUGCCUCCAGCAAGUCGGGGUUCCCCGGCGUCGACGACGACGAUGACGACCCGUUCGGCCUCAACCAGCUAGCGAACCGGAAAGCUGCAGCCAAGCCGAGCACGCAACCUGCCGUUGCCAGCGCAGACGACGAUUUCUUAGGCGACCUUGGCUUACCGGUCGAGCAGGUUCGGCAACGGCAAGAGGCGUCGAAGCAACCCGAGCCCGGCAAACCCAUCGAACUGUCCGAAUCCGAUUCCGAUGACGACGACGAGCCGCCGGCACCAGCCGCACCCGCGCGCGGUCGGCCGAGCGGUGGACGGUCCGAUCCGUUUGAUAAAGCUGUUGCGCAACUCGUAGAUUACGGGUUCAGCCCCGAGGAUGCCAGGCGCGGACUCACAGAGAGCGGCGCCGGCUUGAACGUGCAGUCUGCCGUGAACUGGCUUCUCGAUGACGCGCAUCGCCAAUCCAAGGAAAAGGCCAAGGGGAGGCGCCUCGCAGCGGCCAGCCAGGGAUACCCGCGAUGCUUCUCCGGGACAGGCGCAACCUCCAUGGUCCAAGGAUACGUCGCGAAGCAGCAGCCGGCCGGCAGCCGGCGGAGACGACUUGGCCAAGACGGCUGCCGCAAUGGGGACCAGCAUCUUCAAAACAGCCAAUUCGCUCUGGAAAACGGGGCAAAGAAGGUGCAGCAGGCAGUCGCCGAUUUCCAAUACGAGGGCGAUCCGAACCAGCCGAAAUGGAUGCGCUCGGCGCAACAAGAUAUGGUGCGAGGGUCCGAGAAGCACCCCGAAAUUACCGACGAGGCCGGGAUGCUCGCGUCCGGGUCGCGUCCGAGUCGCCGGCAGCAGGCUCACACGCAACAGCAGCCGUCUUCCUCCCGGGAGCGGUCGCCCGCACACCCUGCUCCGUCGAGUCGACAGAGCACAGCGACUCCCAAGUGGCAGCAGCAGUCGCAGCCUCUCGACCCGCGGUCCCGGCUCAACAAGCUUGCCGCGGAUGAUGGUAAUUUCACUUCCUACGUGAGCCCGAACCGAAGGCGCAAGGCGACCCCAGCGGCAGAGGAGUCCAAGCCCCCACCACCCCCAGCAGAGGAACCCGAUCUUCUCUUUGGGACGUCUUCGACGCCGUCCACAAGACUACCUCAACGACCGGCCCAGAGGUCGCCCGCACCGGCAGCGUCGACUCCCAGGCCGGCACCCGCCCCCGUGCGCAAGGCCACGCCUCGGCCUACGCGCCAGAUCCCAGCCAUUUCGCCUGCGGCCUUGCAGUCAUCCACCAAGCACCGACUAGAAGGAACAGCGCAUUUCAAGCGCGGCGACUUUGCCUCGGCCCACGAAUCCUACUCCGCGUCUCUCUCGGCCGUUCCGGCGGCCCACCCUCUCGCCAUUGUCUUGCUCACGAACCGCGCCCUGACGAGUCUCAAGACCGGAGAGCCCAAGAGGGCGCUCGAGGACGCAGACGCAGCCGUCAACCUCAUCGGCCCUAGCCUCGGCCAGGGCGAGACGGUCGCUGUCAAGGUCGAGACCGGAGGCGAGGAGCACCGCGACAUGAAGGACCUGUACGGAAAAGCGCUCAGCCGCAAGGCAGAGGCCCUCGAGCAGAUGGAGCGGUGGGCCGACGCCGGCACCGUCUGGCAGCUUUGCGUGGAGGCCGGUGUCGGCGGCGCAUCCGCCAUCGCCGGUCGCCAGCGAUGCCAAAAGGCCCUAGCACCCAAGCCCAAACCCGCACCGCGCCCCGCCGCCGCCGCCGCGAGACCCACCCCGCGGCCCUCGGCGCUCGCCGACCUUGGCCCCCAAAAGAGCUCCGAGGCCGUGGUGAGGCUGCGCGCGGCCAACGAGGCGGCCGCGCGCGAGGACGAGGAGAAGUUUGCCAUCUCGGAGCGCGUGGACGCCAAGUUGGCGUCGUGGCGCGACGGCAAGAAGGAGAACCUCCGCGCGCUGCUCGGCAGCCUGGACCAGGUGCUUUGGGAGGGCAGCGGAUGGAAAAAGGUGGGCCUUCACGAGCUCGUCAUGGCGAACAAGGUCAAGAUCGUGUAUAUGAAGGCCAUUGCCAAGACCCAUCCAGACAAGUUGCCCCAAAAUGCCUCGACAGAGGUCCGGCUCAUCGCCGGAACAGUAUUUAGCACGCUCAACGAGAGUUGGGACAAGUUCAAGGCAGAGAACGGGCUGUAG